GUUGUUUCCUAUUAGCGGGCAUUCUCAUAGUCACCCCAGCGGUGUGGGUCCUAUUCUUUCACGUGUUGCGCUAAGAUGGCGGAUCUUCAGAUGAAAAUUAUCCGCAAAAGGUUACAGAAGAAAAACGCCAAAAUUAAACAGAUCAAUUUAGCGGCGAGAGAAGAAGUGGUCAAACAAAAGAAUGUGGAAAAUGAAAAACCACAAGAGUCAACAACUGAUCAGGAAAUCAUGCCAGAAGUAUUGAAGGAAGAACUAAAGCUUAUAAAGGAUGAAACUGAACAAAAGUCGGUGACAAAAAUCAAAAAGAAAAACAAAAGAAAGCUUGCAACUAACAUCCAGGAAAUUGAAAUCAAAAAACCAAAGAAUAUUGAACCAAAAGAGGCUGGUGACCUGGAGGUGAACGAAGCUGAUGACUUAGUGAUACAGAAUGAAAAGGAUGAGGAAAAUGAAGAACAGUCUGAAGAUGAUGGAGGACCAACUUUGCCUUUCGGGUUGACGGGUGCUUUUGAAGACACUGCUUUUUCUUCUUUGGCUGACAAGAUCAGUGAAAAUACUUUAAAAGGGAUUGCUGACAUGAACUUUACUCAUAUGACACCCAUUCAACAGAAAAGUAUCCGACCUUUACUGGAGGGCAGGGAUAUUUUGGCUGCUGCCAAGACAGGCAGUGGGAAGACAUUGGCAUUUCUCAUUCCUGCCAUUGAACUGAUCUACAAACUUAAGUUCAUGCCCAGAAACGGAACUGGUAUCCUCGUUCUUUCACCAACUCGAGAAUUAGCCAUGCAGACAUUUGGUGUUCUGAAAGAGCUAAUGGCACACCAUGUUCAUACUUAUGGCUUACUCAUGGGAGGCAGCAACAGAACAGCAGAAGCACAAAAAUUGGCAAAUGGAAUCAACAUCUUAAUUGCAACUCCUGGCAGACUUCUGGAUCAUUUGCAGAACACACCAGGAUUUAUGUACAAGAACCUGCAAUGUCUGAUAAUAGAUGAAGCGGACCGUAUCCUCGAAGUGGGAUUUGAAGAAGAGUUGAAACAGAUAAUUAGACUUCUGCCGAAGCGACGACAAACAAUGCUUUUCUCUGCAACACAAACUCGUAGAGUGGAAGAUUUAGCUAAAAUCUCACUGAAGAAAGAACCUUUGUAUGUUGGUGUUGAUGAUGACAAAGAAACUGCUACUGUAGAAGGCCUUGAGCAAGGUUAUGUAGUUUGCCCCUCUGAGAAAAGAUUCCUCUUACUCUUCACUUUUCUAAAGAAGAAUCGCAAGAAGAAAAUCAUGGUUUUUUUCUCUACAUGCUUGUCUGUGAAGUAUCACUAUGAGCUUUUCAACUACAUUGAUCUACCUGUUCUGGCAAUUCAUGGAAAGCAAAAGCAAACAAAACGUACAUCCACCUUCUUCCAGUUCUGUAAUGCAACUAGUGGAAUACUGCUGUGUACAGAUGUCGCUGCCAGAGGGCUGGAUAUUCCUGAAGUAGACUGGAUUGUACAGUAUGAUCCCCCAGAUGAUCCAAAGGAAUAUAUCCACCGUGUGGGCAGAACUGCAAGAGGAAUUAAUGCACAAGGGAAUGCAUUACUUAUUCUGAGAAUGGAAGAACUGGGUUUCCUUCGUUAUCUCAAACAUGCCAGGGUACCAUUGAAUGAAUUUGAGUUUUCUUGGAGCAAGAUUGCAAAUAUACAAGUUCAGCUUGAAAAGUUAGUUGAACAAAAUUAUUACUUGCACAGAUCAGCACAGGAAGCGUACAAGUCUUACAUCCGUGCCUAUGCUUCUCAUUCUCUCAAAGACAUAUACAAUGUCAGCACCCUGGAUCUGCCCAAAGUAGCUCUUUCAUUUGGCUUUAAAGUGCCACCAUUUGUUGAUCUUAAUAUAAAUGCAUGCAGAGGGACGAAACUGAAGAAGAGAGGUGGUGGAGGUGGAUUUGGGUACCAGAAGGCCAAAAAUGUCCAUAAAGCAAAGAUCUUCAAGCAAGUUGGCAGGAGUAAACCAGACAAGAGGCAGUUUUCUCGUUGAAUAGCUCAAACGCAACUGCAGUUUUAUUUAUCCUUUUUUUAAAGCCAGAGCAUUGGGAUUUUCUUCUACAAUAAAUGCCUCUGAUUAAGCAGCAUUGGCAACUUCAGACAGUACUGAUUUAAAGCAGUCAGUAACUGAUUCAGUCACACUUCUACACAUGUAAAACUAUUGUCUUUACACACGAUCUUUUAUAGAAUUUGCUACUUAAACGCAUUUAGUUUGAAUAUAAAACCCUGAUUUAUAAAUCAAUCUGUAAAUUGUGACAAUGUUAGAGUACAUUGCUGAAUCCUUAAUAUUACUCAUAGCAUUUCCCAUUGAACUGAUUUUUUUAUUUUAAGAUAAUUAGCAGGACCAGGGAUAUUGAUAGUUUUGUUGAAUAUAUAGUCUAGAAAUGAAAAAAUGUUCACUUUUGCUGACUAUAAUAAACCAUUCCAUGUUUAGCUAAUCUACACAAAGGUCAGUCCAAUGCCAUCCAAAGGAAGAAAAGCCAGAAGGAGCAUAACGUGUUCAGUGCUCUACGAGUUCAAGCUGACUAUAAAGCUUUGUUGAUUAGUAGUCCCUUUUUUAAUGUCAUUUACAAAUGUACAUUUAUCUUUUCCAUAGUUGGUAUUCUAAAUCCAUUUUUCGGGAGGCAUUUUGCUGUGUUAUUUGCAUCACUUUCAAAAUAGCAUAGGUUUUAUUUUAAGCAUCUAGUCUUAACCUCAGCUACUCUUAGACCAUAAGCAUACAGGAACAGAAGUUAGUCAUUUAACCCUUUCAGUCAGUUCUAUCAUUCAAUAAGAUCAUGCCUCAUCUGAUUGUGGUCUCAGUUCUACUUUCCUAUCUACACCCUAUAACCAUCAAUUCUCUUUUCCUAUGUUUAUACUAAAGCCAUAAUAAAUUCUUAAUGUCGCAAGUUCAUCCCAACCGCACAACUGUUUACAUUAUUUCCAAUGAGAAUUGCUCUCGGGCCAUAUGUUCGUUGUUUAUACUGAAUUGUGUACAGUUAUAAACAACUUUACUGGUUUUGUUAAUACAAAGGAAGACGACUAACCAGUGCCAUGGACUGAUUUUUGUUACUUUUUUUUGCAUAGUGCUUUUGUUGAUACGUUUAAUGAUAUCAUUACACUCAUUUCAUGUGGUGACUGUA